AUGAAGUUAGUGUUUGUACCAAGAGAGCGUGGUGGGAUUUGGCACCUUGGGCUUGGCAAUCAUGCUUCCCUGAGUAUCGAUGCUGCUGGAAAGACAGCAACGAUGUGUAAAGUCGGUGGUCAAGAAAACUUCCCUGUCGUUGGACCAUUGGCAGAUAUUGCACAGGAGUUCCGUGCCGAGUUUUCAGGUCACGAAGGGAAAAUGUUUGGCCAAGUUGGAUUCAACUACGGCCAGCAUGUCCGAGGACAAGCAUACUUACCAGGCAAAUGGCCAAUUAUGAGUCUCAUGGUGCCCAUCACCGAAGUAACUUUCGAACCCGGCCAGAUCGUCUUAAAGUCGUACAACGAGCAGCAGGCAACCCAGGUGAUGCACUUUCUUGACCGCACACUCACUCGUCAAGUGAGAGGCACAGCAGAUCCGACUCCUGUCAAUACGCAGGGGAAAGCAGAAGAAUAUAUGCAGCAAGUCGCCCAGGCUAUCACAGAAAUCAAAUCUAGGCUGUACACCAAGGUCAUCUUGUCCCGGGCCAUCGAAGUCCCGAAGAGGGUCGACAUGCUUGCUACGAUGCUCCAUGGCCGUCGGGCAAACACUCCCGCAAGGACGUUCACGAUGAACCACGCCGGAUUCCAAGCCACCGGCUUCAGUCCGGAAUUGGUCGUAGCUGUCCAUGACGGUAAGGUAAUCACGGAGCCGCUCGCUGGAACUCGCUCUCGAGUGGGAACCAAGCAUGAAAUCGAAAUCCGUGGGAAGGAGUUGAUCAACGACCAGAAGGAAAUUCUUGAACAUGUCCUGUCGGUCAAAGAAGCCAUCAAAGAGCUCGAUCAGAUUUGCGUCCAGGACACGGUUGUCGUUGAGGAGCUAAUGUGUAUCAAGGAGCGAGGGCCUAUUCAACACUUAGCAUCUACAGUGACUGGCCACCUUUCAAAUUCCCUCAACGGCGGUUCAUGUAACGCUCUCAAUGUCUUGUUUCCGUCCAUCACGGCGUCUGGAAUUCCGAAGGAUACGGCCUUGCAAGUCAUCGAGCGAAUCGAGGAACGUCCUAGAGAACUUUAUUCUGGCGCAAUCUUGCUUUUGGAAGAGAGUGAUGACUUUGAGGGAACGUUGUGUCUCCGAACCGUCUUUCAAGACUCUUCUCACCAGUGGAUCCAAGCUGGUGCAGGAAUUAUUGUGCAGUCAGAGCCAGAAAGGGAGUUAGAGGAGACCAAGGAGAAGCUGGCUAGUGUUGCGCCGUACAUUUUCAUCGCCGAAUCUAGGGGUGGCAGCGGCCGUUCCAUUCUUCAACCCUUCUGUGAUGUUACCAACAAUCAUCUGAGCAAAUUCUGUGUUCGCGAACCAGGGGACAACGAGAUUGGCAAAAAAGCCAAUGAACGUCCAAAAUGCAAGAUCCAUCCCAGCCACAAAGACCGUACGCUUUUGAGCUGGAACGAUGAUGAAUGCGACCAGCGAUGCUAA